UUUGUCGGUCAAGUAAUUUCUUCUCCUCUACGAUACAACCAAAAAAUUUCUUCAACCUUCGUGUGUAAUUUGAAAAUAGGAAUAGGUGUUUGUUUUUGAAAUUUGUAAGUCUGUGAAUAAGAAAUAGUGAUGAGAGCGACAUGAUAUAAAAUUCUGCAAUGGGUGGAGAAUGGAAAGUGCAGUCAUGUUCAUCAGAGUCGCCUGUACACAAGGCAGACAAUGUAGUGCGAGAAGAACUUUACAGAAUUUGGCAGACCGAGGAACCUUCAGAGGAAGCAUGGUUGGUUCUUGAAACAGACCCUCCAAAGCCUAUUGAGCGGGUGGAAAUAGUGAAUGCAGGGGCGUCUCUUAUAGAGCUUUAUGGCUUGCCUGAAGAUAGGUCUGAAGAAGAAUUAUUAUUAUCCACACAGCAGGUGAUGACACUUAAGGAUCUUACCAACAAGACUAAUAGGACCAGGAGUUUUACCUAUACCAUUCCCCAAAAACUUUCUCCCAUUGCUGCAGAAAAGAGGUGGAAACAGCUACGCAUUAUAUGUCACCAGCCAUUUGGUACUAAAGAACAUAGAGCAUGCAUUGGGUUGUCAAGAAUAGAUGUAAUUUCUUGCAACACUGAGGCCAACAGUUUGCAACCUAUUGGUGAAACUUCUAUGCCACAAGAGGUAAGGAAACUGAAAGAGUGCUCCACUGAUAAGCAACCUGGAGUGAAUAGCAGUGAUUCUUCAGUAACUUGCAGUACUAAUGAGCGAUUAAUUGAUUACAAAAAUGGCAAAGGGGAUGUUAAAAAGCGGAAGCUCCCAGUUUGGAAUGUUACCACCAAGAACUCUGCAGAAGAUUCUAAUGGAUUCUCUGGGGGUGAUGCUGGUCCAAGUGAAGAGAGGAAGAUUAAACAAAUAUCAGAAAAUUCAGAAGGCAAUGCAAAAAAUGCUACAGGUGACCAUACUGGAAAGGGUGCACGUAUUGAAUCUAAAGACAAUAUUCUGUCGAGAGAUAGCAAAAUUAAUAGUAGUUCUCCAAAGACUACUGUGCAAGAGAAAAAACAAAAAAUAUCAAGUAAUAUGAAAGACCCUACAAGUAAUGUGAUUGCAGCCAGUUCUAGUCAUGGUCCCAUUUUGUCUGGUUCUAGUGAAGUAGACAAAAAAGAAGAUCGAAGUCAAAGUAAACCAGAUCGUGGAUCGUUUUCAGCCCUUUUGGAUGGUGUGGUCUUUGCCAUGUCUGGUUUGGUGAAUCCUGAACGAGGGAAUUUACGAUCACAAGGCCUGCAGAUGGGCGCAGAAUAUCAACCUGAUUGGAAUUCUAAUUGCACUCUUCUUGCUUGUGCCUUCCCAAAUACUCCCAAGUUUAUGCAGGUGAAGGGGGAUGGUGGAACUAUUGUUUCCAAGGGCAAAGCAGGGAGUGAUCUAGCAAGUGGACAUUGCAAAUGGUAUCGGAGCAUGAUCCUGCAACCUUGCAGGGAGUGGAUCUCUGAAUGUUACAAGAAAAGGAAGCUUGUUGAUAUUGAUCCUUACCUUAUGCACGUGGGCAAGCCAUGGAGGAAAUUGCAACCCGUAAAUGUCAGUCCAGUCAGUCCUAUUAAUGAACCAGACCAAAUGAAGAAGAAACCACCAUUGCAUGGAAAAACUAUCAGCGCUAGGAUCAAUAAGAAAGCAAAAGGCAUGGGUGAAAUCAGCAGCGAGAAACCGGAUAUCAAUCCUUCAGAGGUACAGAAAUGGGUGGUUGAAGAUUUUAAUGCCACAGUGUCCUGGUUAGAAAAUUUACCAGAGAAGGUCGAAGGCAUCGUCGAGAAAAAAACAGGAGAAAUCUUGAAACACAAAUCGAGGAAGGAUCGCAAGCGAAGCUGGAAGCUGGAGGACAAAAGAUGCAGAAGUGCAAGAUUAGAACCGAGCAUUGGGAAGCGUGCCGCUGAACAAGAAGCUAAAGUCCACCACCAGGACUAA